UUUCUGCCAUUACAGUGGUAUCACUGGCAUAUCUGAGGUUAUUGAUAUUUAUCCAGGCAAUCUUGAUUCCAGCUUGUGAUUUAUCCAGCCUGGCAUUUCACCAGUUACUAGCAUGCAUAUAAGAAUAUUACAGCUUAUUAAAAACUUCAUGAAAGAGGAAGAAAAAAAAAAGAAAGUGACGGAAAGCAGACGGCAGAAAAGACAGGAGAAGGAAAUUAAUGGGCAAGAAAGCCAUCCUUGGAUUGACACGGCUUUGAGCUUCCCCGCUUGGACUUAGCGUUGGGCAGGCGCCUCACAGAACUACAUUUCCCGUCAGGCCCUGGGCGACCGGGCAUAGCAGCAGGCGCGUCUUGGGGGCAGGACCCACGCGGCCCCCUCCAAUCCUGGUCGUCGCCCGGCAACCUCCGCCUCCGCCGCUAAAGAUGAAGGCUGGGCUCGGCCGCCGCUCGCAAGCGGCGAAUGAGGCCGGAGAUGAGGAGGCUCUGCAGCCCCGUAGGCCCAGUUGAGUCAGCUGGCCCAUGUUGCGGCCCGGAGGCAGAGAUGGCGUGGCAGGAGAGGCCCAGGGGCCACUGUGGCACGGCGCUGGGUACCGCCGACGGGCAGAGGGACGAGAGCGUGUUGAAGUGCAUGGCUCGGGGAGGCACCCUGAAGCCCCCCCAGACGCAGGGCUUGGGAAAGGCGCCCCUCGGGCUUGGCCUCCGCCACAGUGCCAAGCGGGACCGGAAGUCCAUCACCCUGCACGUGAAGCUGGAGGUACUUCGGCGCUUUGAGGAGGGGGAGAAACUGACGCAGAUUGCCCGCGCUCUGGGGCUGGCCACCUCCACGGUCGCCUCCAUCCGUGUCAACAAGGACAGGAUCCGGGCCAGUUCUCAGGCAGCCAUGCCCGUCUGCACCACGCAGCUCACGCGCUGCCGGGGUGCACUGAUGGGCCGCAUGGAGCGCCUGCUGAGCCUGUGGAUCGAGGAGCAGAAGCGGAAGAACCUGCCAGUCAGCACGCUGCUCAUCCAGGACCAGGCGCGCCGGCUCUUCGCCCAGCUGCAGCACGAGCAGGGCGGUGGCGGCCGGGCCGAGACCUUUGGGGCCAGCAACGGCUGGUUUGCCCGGUUCAAGGUGCGCCACAAAGUGCUGCUGACGGCCGAGCCCGCCGUGGCCGACGCCCAGGCUGCUGCGCGCUACCCGGCGGUGCUGCGCGCCAUCCUGGAGGAGGGCUGCUACUCACCGCGACAGGUCUUCAACGUGGACGAGACAGGCCUGUUCUGGAAGCGACUGCCUGAGCGCAUGCUUCUGGCGCUGGAGGGGACAGCUGGGCCCGGGCCCAAGGCCUCUAAGGACCACCUGACCCUGCUGCUCGGUGGCAAUGCGGCUGGUGACUUCAAGCUGAAGCCCCUGCUGGUGUACCCCUCAGAGAACCCACGUGCCCUCAGGGGCUGCUCCAAGGCCAACCUGCCUGUGGUCUGGCGCUCCAACCGCAACGACUGGUUGACGCCUGUCAUCUUCCAGGAGUGGUUUACUAGCUGCUUCUGCCCCGCUGUGGAAAGCUACUGUGCCAGCCACGGCCUCCCGCACCGUGCCCUGCUGCUGCUGGACAGCGCGCCCUGCCACCCUGUCCACUUGAGUGGCCUCUCGGCCCACGUGCGGGUCGAGUUCCUGCCCAAGAACACGUCCACCCUGAUCCAGCCCAUGAACCAGGGUGUCAUCACUGCCUUCAAGGCCCAGUAUCUGCGCCGCACACUCAGCCAGCUGGCCCAGGAGACGGGUGGUGCAGACCGACCCUCCGUGUGGGAGUUCUGGCGCAGCUACACCGUCGUGACCGCUGUGGACAACAUCGCUGAGGCCUGGGCGGAGCUGCAGCCUGCCACCAUGAACAGUGCCUGGAGGAAGCUCUGGCCCGAGUGUGUGCUGACUGGUGCUCCCGAGCCCAGCGCUGUACCCCAGCUACCCCACAGCAUCGAGGCACUAGCUAGCCGCGCAGGCCUGGGUGAUGUGGCUGAGGCCAACGUUGUUAGCCACCUGCUGCAGGCCCCCGGGGAGCCCAUGCCCAUCCCCCCGGGUAUGGAUGGUGGGCACAUGCGUGGCCCUGGGCUGCCCUGCCAGGCUAGUCAGGGCCUGGCCUCUAGAAGACCGGAGUCGGAGGCCACAGGGGGUACGGAGGCUGAGGGCGCAGGUGUGGGUGCACUGUGCCCCGAGCAUCUGGCCCAGGCCCUGUCCCACUUUGCUGCUGGCCUGCGAGUCCUCUCAGAGAACGAUCCCAACCGGGAACGCAGCCUGCGGGUGUCCCGGGCUGUCUACUGUGCCCUUGCCCGCCUCCGGGAGCUGCUCCGGGAAAGGAGUCUACAGGCUCGGGCUGCUCCUGGGCCUCCAGAGGCCCCGUGACGGUGGCAACAAAAGAGAUGUCAGGAAGUCUGCACUCAGCCCAGGUGGGGCCCACAGAGGGUGGGUGAGUGGCCAUGGGUACAGACUCUGAAGGACAGACCUCUUUAAAUGACCUGUGUGAUUUGAGGCUUGGGCCUGAUUGCAAAUGCGCUUUGUCUGAUGAGUUUUGUUUCUGGAGGGUAGACCCUGCCACAUCUCACUCAUGGCUUUCACACCUAAUGCACAGCCAACUUUGUACAGUGGCACACAGAGCGCCAGGCUUGAGGGCGGUGUUUUCUGAUUUGCAGAUAAGCUGUGGGACCCAGGAUUGUCCAUCCAUGUCAGAGACACACCUUGUAGAACAGCAGUUGCCAAGCAGAGCUCACCAGAGCAGCCUUCCUUGUGGUGAGGGGCCAUGGUUGAGAUGAGCCUCUCCUGUUUGCCGGCCCUGACUGUCCGUGCCCCAUUGUGAUGUCCCACCAGUUCUGGAUGGGGGUUUCCUACUCUCCUGGCUCACCUUCCAUGCCAUCCUCACCCCUUUGGGCUUCCAUGACUUGUGUUGUCUGAGCCUCCACUGUGCCAGAGCCCAUGAGCAUGUGUGGCUUUUGAUACCAGGCACCAUUCCUUGCUUUGGAGAUGUUUUCUUCCCUGGGUUUCUGUGCCGUGGUUAUCUUGGCUUCUCUCUAGCUUCUGAGGCUGAACCUUUUGUCACUUUGCUGGUCUCCCAGAUCUAGAGCUCUUUGAAAAAUCUCAGUCAUUCCUGAGGGUUCAAUGGCCUCAACAUUCAGCUCGUUCUUCUGUCCCCUUGUUGUUGUUUUUCAGUCUCUGUUGUGUCUGACUCUUUGCGACCCCAUGGACUGCAGCACGCCAGUCUUCUCUGUCUGUCAUCUCCUGGUGCUGUGCGUGCUAAGUCACUUCAGUCAUGUC